AUGUCUGAUUUCAGUAGUAUUCCACCUAUUACAAAAACCUUAAUAUUAAGUUCCACUGCCCUAUCUCUAUUGAGCAUUUGGAACAUUAUUCCGAUGCAUAUGUUGUUUUUUUAUAAAUUCCAGCCAUUUUUAACAAGACAUCUAUGGAGACCAAUAACUUCAAUGAUAUUACUAACUCCAGGCCAACCCCCUCUAAAUUAUUUAAUGAAAAUAUAUUCUACAUAUGUGCAUUCAUCAUCAAUUGAAUUGACCUUAGGAAACUUGCACAACCUACAAAUGGCUUUGAGUUACACCUGGAGUAUUAUCAAUAGAUACCAAGAAAUUAGAUAUAUGGGGUUACUACCAGUUAGCGCUAAAUACGUUCCAAUCAUUGAAUUAGGGAUAAACCUUAUUUUUGGACCAGGCACAUCUGUUCAAUCUAGCGGUAUUUUAGGGUUAAUUAGCGCGUAUAUUUAUAACUGUAUAGCUACUAAAUCCAUGGGACCAUUAUAUGGGUUUUUACUAAAACAUAUUUUGAAAAUAGAUGGUAGAAAUAACAUCAAUGGUGAAAGAAGAAAUGGUGGUAGAUUGAGAAGCGGUAACAACACUAACAACAAGAAAGCUUACCUAGUUAAUAUUUUCGUUCCAAAUACUAUUUCUAACGAGGAUUAUGGGUAUAAUUUUGGUAAUGGGUUUGUACCAACUUGGUUUAGUAAUCUGUUUGAUAAUAGUAGGAAUAAUACCAAUAGCACUCGUAGUAAAAAUCACUUUUAUGGAUCAAAUUCAUUUAAAGGGAGAGGUCAAAGACUGGGUACAAAACGUGAUUGA